CGCUGGCGCUUGCGCCGGGCCCCUGCAGCCGGCAGAGGCCUAUGUGCCUUGGGCGACGCCCGCCCGGCCGCCCAUGGGGACCCCCAAACCGCUCAUCGUGCCCUGGCUGCGGGACCAGCUGGACCGGGGCCUGCUGGACGGAGUGGCCUGGACCGACGCCACCCGCACCCGCUUCCGCGUCCCCUGGAAGCACGGCCUAAGGCAGGACGCCCAAGAGCAGGACUUCCGGCUGUUCGAGGCCUGGGCUGUGGCUAGCGGGGCGUAUCGCCCCAACAUUGACCCCCGCGCUCCCUCCAUCUGGAAACGAAACUUCCGCUCAGCUCUGAACCGCAAGGGGCUUCGCGUCGUCCAGGACCACAGCCGCGACUCCCAAGACCCCCACAAGAUCUAUGAGUUCCUGGGCUCAGAAGACAACGGAACCGCGGUCGACUCGUCCGCCGACGGCAGCGGUCGCGAGGAGUCUCAGGACGGCACCGGCUGGAGCCAGGAUACUAUUCAAGAAGAUAUUCUAGAUGAGGUUCUCGGCAACCUGGCCCUGUCGCCGACUCCAGUGUCACAGGAGAGAGCACCACCAGCUGACCCGCACCAAGUGGCCCAACUCUUUGCCGAGACGGAAUUCGAGGUGACGGUGUUUUACCGGGGCACCCAGGUGGCCCAGCAGCGGGUCCCGGCCCUCGGGGGCCUGCGAGUGGUGGGCCGUCAGGGUCAGAGCCCGGGGCCGGCGGUGGAGCUGGUGCUGCCGGACCCGGGGGUCCUGAGCGACCGGAAAGUGGCCGGCUACGUGCAGAGGGUGCGGGACAGCCUGGUGCCCGGGCUGCACCUCUGGGCGACGCAGACGGAGCUGCGGGCCCAGCGCCUGGGCCACUGUCACGUCUACUGGGGCCGGGGGGUCUUGCCUCGGGAGGACCCCCCCCACGGGGCGGUGACCAAGGAGGACGGGGGCAGCUGCCUCUACCACAUCAAUGAGUUUGUUCAGGAGAUGAUCCCUUUCCUGAAUGGCGGGAGCCGGUCCCCUCAGUACGUCUUGUGGUUCUGCCUCGGGGAGGUCUGGCCCAACAAGGACGUGCCCUGGAACAAGAAACUUGUCAUGGUCAAGGUGGUGCCCCUGAGCCUGCAGCUCCUGCACGACAUCGGCCGCGACGGCGGCGCCUCCUCCCUGGACGACCGAGACGUCGACCUGAGGAUCUCCGACAGCGUCCCGGACCUCAUCACCCUGCUGCAGGACUUCUGCGAGAGCAUGGACACCGCGCCCCCCGCUUCCCAAUAAAGCAGCGUUCGGCCCCCGC